AUGCUGGACGCAAACUGCUCUGCCCAGCGGGCGACGUCGCGUUUGCUGCGUUCCUCUCCGAGGAUAAGGCGCAUCGAUGCUCUCGUCCCCAACCCAUUUCCCCCUCAGUGUGACAGUUCUACCGUCGAUUUUCCAACCGCCCGACCCAGCGCCGUAGCUCCCCGCGCUGCUUUGCGUUGGCGCUGCGGACCUAGCCUACGAGAACAAGAGCCAGCUUCCAGCCGUGGAAACAAAGAAAACGGAGAGACGGGGGAGAAAAAAUCGGAGAGGGUCGAAGGGAGACAGAACAUUAGGAGACAUUACGCCGCAGCCGACGGAACAUUAAGUGAGAAGAACCGGACUCUGCAGGGACACGCUUCUACAAAAAACACCUCCCCAUCAUUUGUUGCCAUGCGUGUUGUCAUGGUGACUAGCCCCUCCACCCCUUCCCCCCUCUUCUGGUUGGUCCAGUUUUUGCUCUGGUUUCACAACCAUGGACCUCAGCUGACAGAGGCAGCACCACCCUGCCCAACCCCCUGUACCUGCUCCAACCAGGCAAGCCGUGUCAUCUGUACAAGGAAGAGGUUAGAUCAGAUCCCAGACAGUAUUUCAGAGAACACAAGAUACCUCAAUCUACAAGAGAACUUAAUUCAGGUGAUCAAGUCUGAUACAUUUAAGCAUCUGAGACAUUUGGAAAUUCUUCAGCUGUCCAAAAACCACAUCCAGCAGAUUGAGGUUGGAGCCUUCAAUGGCCUUCCUAACCUAAAUACAUUGGAGCUUUUUGACAACAGUCUCACAGUGGUACCAUCUCAAGCCUUUGAGUACCUCAGCAAGCUAAGGGAACUAUGGCUACGAAACAACCCCAUAGAGACGCUGCCAGCCUUUGCUUUUCACCGUGUUCCCUCUUUAAGACGACUUGAUCUAGGGGAAUUAAGGAAAUUGGAUUUCAUCUCAGAAGCCGCCUUUGAAGGUCUGGUAAAUUUACGAUUUUUGAAUCUUGGUAUGUGUGGCUUGAAGGAUAUACCCAACCUCACUCCACUUGUGAGGUUAGAGGAGUUAGAGCUGUCUGGGAACCAGCUGGGGAUUGUCCGACCUGGAUCCUUUCAGGGUCUAGUGUCACUUCGCAAGCUGUGGCUCAUGCACUCCAGAGUUUCAGUCAUUGAACGCAAUGCUUUUGAUGACCUCAAGAAUUUGGAGGAGCUCAAUCUUUCUCACAAUUCCCUGCAUUCCCUGCCUCACGAUCUCUUCACCCCUUUGCACCAGUUAGAGAGGGUACAUCUCAACCAUAACCCUUGGGUCUGUAACUGUGAUGUUUUGUGGCUCAGCUGGUGGCUGAAAGAAACUGUUCCAAGCAACACCACCUGUUGUGCCCGUUGCCAUGCCCCACCAGCUUUGAAGGGUAAAUACAUUGGAGAACUAGACCAGACCCACUUUACCUGCUUUGCCCCAGUAAUUGUGGAGCCACCCACUGACCUCAAUGUCACAGAGGGUAUGGCGGCUGAGCUGAAAUGUCGUACUGGAACCUCAAUGACCUCUGUGAACUGGUUCACCCCAAAUGGCACACUGAUGACACAUGGAUCAUACCGAGUCAGGAUCUCAGUCCUUCAUGACGGAACACUAAACUUCACAAAUGUCACUGUUCAGGACACUGGACAAUAUACAUGCAUGGUUACCAACUCUGCUGGAAAUACCACUGCAACUGCUGUACUGAAUGUUUCUGCCUCUGACCCCAACAACGGCUACAGCUAUUUCACAACAGUCACUGUAGAAACAGUCGAAACAGUAAGAGGAGAAGAGGAGAACUCCGCAAGACAGUAUAUAAAUGAAACCCUCAUAGAGUUCCCAAAUCCUACUGUUCAGAAAGGGUUAGAUGGUCGACCUGGCAUAACUAUUUCACCAUCUCUGUCAUCUCUUUCGUCACUGUCACCAAGAGCUAACAGAGCACCUGAAAAUCCAGUGACUGUGUCUAUAAUGGAUGUAACUAACAUUCCAGGCCUUGACGAUGUCAUGAAAACAACUAAGAUCAUCAUUGGUUGUUUUGUGGCCAUCACUUUUAUGGCAGCUGUAAUGUUGGUGGUAUUCUAUAAACUUCGUAAGCAGCACCAACUACACAAGCAUCAUGGCCCAGCUAGAGCCAUUGAAAUAGUCAACGUAGAGGAUGAGAUCGGAGCUGGGGCUGGAAGUGGAAUUUCAGGUGGAUCAACAAUGAAUGCUGGUUCCGGUGGAGAAGGGACCCUAAGAAUACAUCAUCCAGAAAUUGUCAACCUUCCCAACAUCGGCCGCACUGACACCCUCAACCAUUACUAUAAAACACAUCAUUUCAACAACAAUGUGAUGGGUCUUAGUAUCGGUUCCGAAGGUAUGGGACCAGGAGGGAUCAUCAGCAGCAAGAACCAGCAUGGCCAGGAUAUUCCAAUCUCGUGUACUUCAGUUCCAAUCUCAACAUCAAAUUUGCUCACCUCAUCAGGCAAUGGCACCAACAACAACCCCAGCUCUAUGUCCCCUCCACUACCAAUGUCUCUCCCCAUGCCCACCAUGGGCUUACAUGGAUCGAUCAAAGGUUUCAUGGGACAAAACCAGAAUCCUCAAAUGGAGCCUCUUCUCUUUAAGGGGAGCUCAAAGGAAAACGUCCAAGAGACUCAGAUCUAAAAACACAAGCGGGAGUAGAGGGAGGGUGAGCAAGAGUCAAAGACAGAGAGGGAAUUGAUGUUGGGUUUAAGUGCAGAAUGAUAAGACACUAGAGUGCAUUGACAUUACACCAGGAGAGAGGAUAGACUGACACGGCAAUACACAAACACAUAGACUAAUCUGUGAAGGUGUACUGAGCCAAGGAUUACCACAAUGGCCCACUUGUGUUUGUAGUAACGACCAUGGCCAUGGAGAUCAAGGAGUGGACAUUGCUACAAUGUAAAUCUGUGCCAAAGCAAAUGUUUUUUGCAGUUUCUACAAGCUGUGUUCUCAUAAAAAAAAGCCUUUCAGAGUAAAUCAGUCCCCACUGUUGGCCAGCAGAGUUGAAAAGAUACGCACAGCACUUACCACACGGAAGAGCCGAGACAUCGCAGACUAAAAUUCAAGAGACAGUUUUCUUCUACAAAGAAACAUGAGACACAAGCUGUCUCAACUGACUCAAUAGACUCCCUCAAGGUGAAAAUUAUGUAGGCAUAAAUAGAUGGACAAAAAGGUACAGUGCAGUACAAACUACUGUGAAAAAUCCACAAAUUAUAUAAAUAUAUUUUCAUCUAAAUAUGUAUCAUUGCAGACUCCGAUGCAGACAUAUUUUGGGAUGGAUGUAUAAGCUGGUGUAGUUUGUUUCUUUGUGAAUAAUCAGGGGCGGUGAUAGUGGAAGGUUUGUUAUGAUUUAAGUUUGGCUACUUCUCAGAAACAUAAGGGCUCAAUUGCAACACUCAUUGUGAAUCUUUCAAUUGGAUUUGUGACAUAAAGUACAUUUAGGUUGUAGACCAGUAAAUGCAGACCUCUGUUUGACAAAUUUUUGUCUGUUGUUUCAGUAAUAAUCAUGAAAACUUUUGUGUUUUGAAAGUGUAUUAUGUAUUUUGUAAAAGCCAGCUUCUUGGUAUUUGGAUUGACAAUUCCGAUACUUAAAUGCCAGCAUCAAACAAUAGUAAAAUGAUGUUUCAACAAACAUAAAAAGGUAAUCUAAUGCAAAGGCCUGUAUGGGUAAAAUAAAGUGUUGACAAUGUGUUAUUUGAAUCCGAUCAGUAGCCAGAUAUUUGCUUUUAGACAGAAAUUUGAUAUGACCUCCUUGCUCAUGGUUACCAUAGUCAUGCCAUUAAAUGCUGUCAUGAGGAUGAUUAGACAUCUGCAGCAGCAUUAAAGAAGGGACAAACAUCAAUCUUUGGAUGAUUGGGAUGAAUGGAAAUGUACAGUAUAUUAAUAAUAACGUCUGGUUGUAUGAAAAUUGUAAGAUCCACAUUUUUACAGUGUAACUUUCAUAUGUUAAAUGCCAUUUACGCUUCUUGCGUUACAACUAUGUAUUACUUUAUUUUUGUUAGUUUGAUAUAAUGUGUACAGUUGUCUAGCCAUGUAUCAUUACGUGUGAAAUAAAUCAAUCAUAUAUUGGCUUGUGCUGGCUCAAUAUGGCAACCACACAAGUGAAAAGUGAGACAUUAUGCAGUUCUCUGUGUGCUAAACCUGGAUUGAAUGUAUGGUUUGUGGUUUAGCCAUUAGUCAUUCUGGUAAUGAUAGGGGACUAUCUGCUUUGUUAAGAUGUUCAGACAGGCUUUUAGUCACGCUGCUAUAGAUGGGUUGUAGACACCACUGGUUCUGGAAAGUAAGGGUUUUUAUGAUCUUGGUCUUAGUCUUAAUGAAGGCACUUAAGUCUGGAAUUAGUCACUGUACCUGUGCCAUGGUAUGGAUUUUUUACAGGUUUGGAAAAAGAAAAGAUUAGCAACAUGCCAAAUAUAAUACAUGGUUAUGUUUAUCCAACAGUAACCCAAAAUGUUUGUUGCAAUUGAGCUCAAAUGGGACAUACGACCACUUAUUCCAGAGCUCUGUGAAGGAUUUUGUAAGUUUGUUAUUCUGUGCCCCUCCCACCGACAAAGUGGUUUUUGCAGGAGAAUGUCAUUGAAAAUCGUAUGAUGGUUCUUGUCUAUGUGAUGAAGGUAUUUUUUUAAAUCCAAAAGGAGUCCAUACUAACUGGGGAGCAGAAGAAAGAAUAUUGAUAAUGAUGCAGAUCAUUUUCAGAUGAUUUCAGGCAAAAUGCCAAGUUUUUUGCCAUUGAGAUUAUAAAAGAAGAACAGUAUAUAGCAGUAGGCAUUACCUCAAGCCUUUGUAAUGCCUGAUAUCUGAACCCAGUUUAAAAGUACAUCUAGUUCGAUACACAAAACUACUUGUAUAUUAACUGUUUAAACAGUUUAUGUUGUCAAAAUGAAUGCUGAUAAGAUUUGACGGUUAUUUGAAUUCAGAGUCAUAGUAGAUAUAAAUUUGUCACCUUACCAACAGAUCUUGUGGGCAGGGUUCAACUGUUGUCCCAUUGAGACACAGAUAGAAUAUAAAUGAGGGCUAAAGACACAACAUAUGGCCGCUCCCUUGAUGUGCUACAUUUGGUGGUUCUGUCGUCAGAUUUCAAAGAGCAUACUAGAUACCUCUCUGUCUGGUUUUUGCAUGUGUGUGUGAGCGUGUGUAUGUGUGUGUGUGUUUGUAUGUGUGCGUGUGUGUGUGGAGACAGAGGUCAAAGUCUUGCCUCUUAAACAUGGGACAAAUCCUCACCAGUACAUUACAUAUAAGAGUAUUAUUAUGACGAUGACUCACAUUUUAAGGACAGAAGAGAUCCUUUAAACCUUUCGAACAUCCGCGGAGAUCGCUGUUAUCAUCAUUAUUAUUGACAAUUAGAGGAAAUGCUGGAAGGCUUUGCUCCAUCUUAGUAUAGUGGCUGUCAUUGUACAUAUAUUUGAUGCUACUGAGAGCAAAGGUUAUUCUAAAAAUUUGAAGAAAUAUGUGACCCCUUUUAAUGGAGCUUGACUGGAACCUGAAUAUGUACAUACUGGGCAAUUCCAUUGUGCAGAUUGGCUACGGAUGGAAUACUGACAUAUGUGUACCCUUUGCAUCGUCUGCCGCUUACAAUGGAUGCUUCAGUCCGGAUGACAUUUAGGGGUAUGUUGGAAGCAACACUCCUUAAUGAAAUGGAUUAAGGUAUCUGAGACAUCGAAUUGAAAGACAAGGAAACGGACUGACCUUUUGGUCCUGUAAAGGUAAAUUGUUCUGUUUGAUAAAAUGAUAUGAAAAACCUUGGUCUGCUUUGAACAAUUUUUAAAAGGAAAGAGAACUCCAAAAGAGCUUAAAAAAACAACAAAAACAACAACAAAAAGAACUCAUUUCUUUGACGCAAAUCACAUAAAAAUGCCAUGUUGUGGUUUUUCUUUAAUUUCGUUUUUAAAUUUCAAGUUGUUGGUUGUAUCUUAAUAUGUGGUAUCAUAAGUUUAACUUUUUAGAGAUUGUCAUUAAAUGUCCAUCCCCCACUGCACAUUCAUUUAGGUUCACAAUGUGGCAGAGGAGUGCUCUUCUUCAGUUUUAACUAAAUCAAGAUGUGUUGAUCUUGCACUUCAAUGACUGUCAUACAGUGACUGAGAAAGUUGCUAUUUUACUGUUUGCUUCUUGUAAGUUAUUCUGCUAUUUGAAUCAUAUGCCACUUUCAUUCUCUGUUGUGAUUUCAUCCCACAGAACACCACUACUAACUAAAUAAGAAAUGAGAUAACAACUUAAACAUGACAAAUGAUGUUUCAAAUAAGUUAUUGCGUGAAAUUUUGUAAUACAAAAUGAAAAGGAGUCUUAAACAGAAUUGUGUUUACCCUGUUUUUUUUUUCCACAUACUUUUCUCUCCUUAAGUCAUGGCUAAAAG